AUGGGGCAGUCGUCUACGGGGGCGGUCAAUCCAGCUCCGCGCUCGAUGGUGCGCGACUUGACCUGGGUCAGUGCGUUCGUGAUCAUUGUAAUUUGGUGGAUAGUUAUUGGUGGUCGACAUCUCUUUGCUACCAUCCCGAAACCUGCAAUAGACUACCUCGGCUUUUCCUGCGGAUAUGACCAACUCCAUGGCAACCAGUUCCUCUACUACCCUCUAAAAUCGACUGAACAUUCGCUGGCUAAGGGACUGCAGGCGCUGGAGUUGGAGAAACCCGUGUGCGUGAUGAGGUGCCCAACGGCAGCGGAUUUCAACAAUGGGUUCGCCGUGGACGACGUGUCUCCGGGUUUGAGUGGGGUGUAUGGCGAUGUUAUGAGCAAGUCGAGAGUGUAUCCGACGGAACAGUUCUCUGACUUUUUAUGUCUUCCUCAAGAUCGUUCGGUUGGUACUUAUCUGACGCACGCCCUGAAGUUGUCAAAUUCCAAGUUACGUGCCUGGAUCUUUGCGUCGUCAAUAAGCAGUGGCGGGGCAUACUGGUUGCUGGUGGCGGUAUCUUGCCUGUCGUUGUUAGCAGGUGCGGGAGUAAACUACGUGUAUUUGCGAGAUUGCAAAGUCCUGCACUUGGCGGCAUUUGGCGUUGUCCCAACGCUAACUGUCCUGCUCAUUGUAUGCAGUAACAAAGUAAACUUGUUUCAGGACUAUAGCCGAAUCAUUAUGGCUAGCGGUGUUACCAUGUCAUCCAUCAUGUCUGUGUUCAUCGUCGCCGUCGCAUCACUCGUCGCUACCAUGCUCGUGACCUACCGGGCACGAACAUCUAUUGGCGAAAAUGUUUUCAAGGUCUACCUCAGCGCCGCCAAGAGCAUCCCCGGGCUCUGGGUAAUGCCCUCCUGCUGUGCAUUCCUCAUGAUCUUCGUCCUGCUGCUUUCCCUACGCAUCUCCUCCUCCGUACUACUCACCACCCCAGGAGUCGGCCUUAUACCUUUCCAACGCCACCUACUGGAAACCCCUCAUGUGGAGUCAACCUAUAUGCAGGCAACCCAUGUGGACCGGAAUACGAAGGAGAGACUCACAUAUCACGGAAGCCAGGCUACCUUCAGACGGCGCCUCGCCGAACAGCCAGACUCUGGAGACGUGGCUACCCAACUGGGUAAGGAAAUCGGCAAGGUAGUACGGGACAAUGAGAUCCAGAAGCCGGUCACUUUGCCUUUCAAGUUCACUCCCUCUCGAGACCUUUUCGUGCACGGUCCGGACGACGCUCUUCUUUCCCCCCAGAAUAAGCUCCCCCCGAAUCACCCAGGGUACCGGCACCCAGGGUACCGGCACCCUGACUUCCGCUACCAACCACUAGACGGCCAAAACCUCGAUUACCAACACCUCGGCGUUGGAGACACGGAUCUACACGUAGUCGAAGGCGGACCUCACAGGGUGGGACAGAAGGGAGUGGACGACCAGCUGAGCAUCGAAGACAAAUCGAGCAUGGCUUCUGGGGGCGUGGUGCUUAAGACAUCUUGGAUCAAUGUAAUUAACCUGUUUGCUUAUCUGCUGUGGUGCAUUCUAAUUCUUGAAGCUAUCAUUUCAGUCAGCAACACAUUCGUAGCCGCCUGGACCACUGUAUGGUACUACUCGCCGCCAGACAUAGGUGGUGAACGGGGAGUGGAAAUGUCCGCUAUUCGUUAUGCCUCCCUCACCACUUUGUCCAGCCAUCUCAGCAAUGUCAUUGCCAUCAGUGCUAUCAAUGCUCUCCUAAGACCUCUCACCACAGUCAUCACUCUGGCCAUGUACAUUCCGGCCGUCCACCGCUGGUGGGUUAAUUCCGGUAGCCAAGAAAACCGCAUCAUUUCUCCCCUCUACAACCUAGCAUCCUGCGCCACCACUCUCACAACCGCCCACAGCCUUAUCCACGGCCACCAGUAA